UUUCUUGGCAUUGCUCGUUUGACGCAACUUUUCGCUUUUCGAUUAAUUUGUUAUCAUUAUAAUCUUAAUUAAUUAAAUUUAAUUAUAUUUUACGUUGAUAAUUUUCUCAAUUUUUCCCAACUUACAGAAAACAAUUUUUUACUUUAACUUAGGAACAAAAUGACAACAUCACAAAAACAUCAAAGUUUUAUAUCCGAGCCGAUGGGUGAAAAGCCUGUGAGCGAUUUGGCCGGUAUCGGUGAAGUACUUGGCAAACGACUUUCCAGUAAAGGAUAUGACAAGGCUUAUGUCGUUCUGGGCCAAUAUUUAGUAUUGAAAAAGAAUCAAGAAUUAUUUAUCGAGUGGCUAAAAGAUGAAGCUAACGCUAAUACAAAACAAGCCAGAGAUUGUUAUGAAUGUCUCACCGAAUGGUGUGAACAAUUUUUGUAAGCUAAACAAUUUUCGAUGUGAAUCAUCUUUCUAUAAUGCAACAACAACAACAAUAAAAAAAAUCAAACAAGAACGUUUGCUUAUAUCGAUUUUCUAUUAAUC